CAAAUAAAAAAGCUUUCAAUCUUAGCUUAAUCGGCUACCAGUCUUCUUCUUUAUACAUAUUAUCCAAUCAAAACUUAAAAACAUCAUCAUGGUUGCAAUUACUUACGAUCAUGAGGUCAUUUCCUCAAUCCCACCAGCAAGGCUCUUCAAUGCCUUCAUUGUUAAUGGCGAUGAACUAAUUCCAAAAGUCUUGCCUCAAGCUAUUAAGAGCGUCGAGAUUCUUGAAGGAGACGGUGGAGCUGGUUCCAUUAAGGUUACUACUUUUGGCGAAGGAAGCCAAUUCAAGAGUGUGAAGCAACAGGUGGAGGCACUCGACAAGGAGAAUUAUGUGUACAAAUACAGUGUGAUUGAAGGAGAUGCCUUGCAAGAUGUGGUUGAGAAAGUUUCAUAUGAGGUUCAAAUCCUACCAUCUUCUGGUGAUGGAGGAUCAAUCUGCAAGACCAAGAGCACAUAUCACACUAAGGGAGAUGCACAAAUUAGUGAAGAUGAUAUUAAGGCCGGCAAAGAAAAGGCUGGCUUUCUCUUCAAGGCUGUUGAAGCUUACCUCAUUGCCCACCCUGAUCUCUACUAAUAAUGAUGCCAAUUAUCAGCCAAAAAAUUAAGGAGGGCAAAUACCAAAUAGAGCACAAGAAAAGACUUAAAAUCUUCCCUUUUUAUUGCUUCCAUGUGUGAAAGUGUGAUGGAUGUAUAUCAAUUUGAAACCAUUGUGUGUGUUUUGUUUCUUUCUUUCCAAGGCACAUGCGUGUAUUACCUUUGGUCUCAUAUAAUAAGCACCACCAGACUCUAAUGGUGAUGAGAUAUAAUUUGCUUCUGUUAUGAUUUGGGUUUUCGGAUGAACCAAGAGAAAUAUUAUUUUGUGUGUUCUUUAUUUCUUUUUCUUAACGAAAUGAUGCGGUAUUAGUUAUUUAGUACUCUCUCCG